UCUGAUCUAGUGCUCGAUCUUAAUGGGCGAAUCAGGGACACGCCGCUCCACCCUGGUCUCCAGGCUUCCCAUCUUUAGACGUAGUGUGCGAAAGAGGCAGGACUCGCUCCCCUCCUCGCCCUCCUCUGGUGGUGUCGGCAAUGGCGUCCACACUUCCUCUCCCUCCAGCACCAAUUCCAGCUCCAGCAGCACGAGCAAACGCCGCAGCCUCUUCCGCACACCAUCCCUCAGCUUCCACAGCAAAAGAAACAGCGACCCGACCCAGCUCAGCCUGGACAAUCGCAGCCAGGGAUCUGAAGCCACCUUUCGAGAUGGUUCCGUCUCAAAGACGCGGCAUUCAUUCGGAUUUGGCGGACACAAGAAGAAGAUCAGCCGAUCUCAGACGGAAGACCUUGAGAAAGCGUCUACCAAUCGCAGCGUGUUUAUUAAUUGCAUCAGCUCAAGGACCAAUGAGGGAGAUGAUUCAGGGUUCCUCGAUGAUGUGAGCAGCAAGAGGUCUUCCAAGCAUAAGAAGCAGCUGCUGCCCAAGUCCUUAUCAGCUCACCAGCGGUUUUCUAAGAACUUGUCCAAUGUCCCAGACCAGGGUAAAGGUCAGGAUGCUGCGGAAGAUCCUCCUAAAACUGGUACCCCAGGUUCUUGGCCUGGAGAACUGGCUGAGAGUUCUCUACAGUCGCCCAUGAUCUCAGAAGACCGCACCACGGCAAUAACACCAUCCGAUUUUGUUCACGUUACCGAAGACUCUGUCUCGGAAGUGGACGCUUUACCAGCCCCUAGUCCAGCUGCUCCACCCGAAAACUUCAGCCAAGCUGUUUCUACCUCACAGGUGUCCUUCACCCCAGCCCAGGCCAGCACGGAAAAGCACUUACUGCCAGACACCAGCCACACAGCCAACACACAGUGCGAGAGCACCACUGCCCAUACGGAACCUGUAACGCUGCAAACAGUGAAAGAGCUGGACCUUAACACUAACCCUAAUGCUAACCCUGACCAGUCAGAGGCCAGUGAGAAUGAGCGAGCUCCAGAACUGAGUGAGGACAGCAGCUCCAAUCCAGACGCCCGUGGGAGGCGGUCCAGGAACACUGUGCUCAUCCAGCAGGCAGGAAGAUCAUCAUGCCUGAGCAAACUGGAGACCAGGCCAAGUCACCUGAGAAAGCCGCACACAGUGUCCAUGUGCAGCAGCGUGAGCCCGUACCAUGAGGUGAUGCGCAUGGAGAGACGUCUGCGGUCGGCCUCUGAGGGUGCAGGAGGACCCAGACUUCACCUCAACCUCAGGGAUCCUCACUGCAUGGAGGGCAACACUUUAUCCAAGCAGAGAACCAUUUCCUCAUCUUCCAAACUGGGCAGCCUGGAUGUUUUGAAUAACCUUGGCUCAUCUGAGUUGGAUGAGGAUGACCUGAUGCUGGAUCUCGACCUCUCUGAUGACCAGAGACCUCGCCAUGAUCAGUGGUUCUCAGCUGGUUUUGCUUCAGGACCCAGAUUACACAUUGGACAAGUGGCGACCCAACAAACCUCACGGGAGGAUUCCAGUCAAUCCCUUGCAUCAUGCCUCAACCUGCUGCCUUCACCCCUGGAGGCUUCCACCGUCCGGACCCCUGGAAGAGAUCCCAAGGAGCCCCCCCUCAGGGAGCAGCGGCCGAUGUCCCUCUGUCUGUCUCGUGAUGACGAAUCUUUGCCCGGGCUGGAAGCGCUGCCGUUCAGGCUGAUGCAGCAGGACUGCACAGCGGUAAAGACUCUUCUGCUGCGGCUACGCAGGACCCUGCAGGAGAGCACUGAGAUCAGUCCUGCCAGCAGCCUUCACUCUCUACCCAUAAGCCCCUGCAGUGAGAAAUCACUCCCCUUUAAGGAUCCUGGGAGAGAAGAGAACCAGUUCCUGCAGCAGCAGCUGAAGGAGAAAGACGAGCUCAUUGUACGACUUCAGGCUGAGUUGGAAUCCACCCGCACUGCUUUGAAAUCUCUUUGCCAAAAAGCUGACAAAAGCACUCAGACAGAUUUCUUACUCUCAGAGCAGGCAAUCCAUCCAAGUCAACCCACAGGCCAAAACAGCAACAUUCCCAGCAGCAGCCUCACAAGGGAGCGAAGGCCGGCGCGAACGUCCGCUGUGGACCAGCACAGUCGGCCUUGUGAAGAGAGGGCUUGCAGCAAUGGUGGAGUAGGAUUGAGGGAGCCGCUACGGAGAGCUGAAGGUGGGCAGUCCAUGUCUGAGGUAUCCGGGCCCCGCAAGACGGAGCACCCGGGGCUGUCUCAGAUCCCUCGCGCCGUGGCCGGCAGCAGCGUGAGCCUCCCAAGCAAGGCCAGUCCCUCACGCAGCCUGUCCUCGGACAGCGAACGGGGGCCGCGGAGCGAGCGAGGCCCUAUUCCCAGGCUUCAGUCCUCCUUUACCAGCCGUCUGGGUCAACCGCCCCGUGGGCCUCUGUCUUUACACAUGUACAGCCGAAAGAACGUCUUCCUACAGCACUCACUCCAUACAGCCGAACUGCAGGCUCUCGCUCAGCAGGACGGUUGAAAACACACACACCGAACACUGACACAUGCCUCAGAUGGAUACGAGUUCCUCAGUGACCGCGAGUACCUUCAGACCCACGUGUGUUACAUUCAAGGCUAAUUUUCCUCUCAAGCCUCAACCGAACACAGAGACUCUUCUUAUCCUUCGUGGAGUUAAAGUAAUCAUCUAUAUUAAGUGUCAAAACCAAUGCGUCAUCUGCACUUCAUAUAUACGUAUAUGCUGCUCCGAUAAGUACUUUAGAUUGACGGUCCAUUAAGGUGAGAGAUUCACUCACUACACUAUCACAUUGUACAGUUCAGCUGAAAUGCUAGAGGAUGUCGACAGUUUGCGUUCCAUUAUAUCAUUAAAAGAAAUACAGGGUCCAACAUUAGCACUUGCCAAGACUCCAAUUCAAGUAAAAAAAUUGGUUUUGGCAAGUUUAUUUAACCGUUUGCCCAUUAACUCUAUUAGGAACUGUAACAUUACGUGGUUUAUAUUGAAUUGUAUAAAUGAUAAUCUGACCUUCGCUGCUGCAAGUUAUCAAUUAAUUUUCAGACAUAAGAACGGUCUAUUAAAACCAAAAGUUUCUUGUGUUUCUCCAGAUCUCCAUUUGGUGACAAAUUACUGUUCAAUUGUUUGGGGUCAGGAACAUUUUUUCAAUGUUUCUGGUUGCUUAUGUUCACCAAGGCUUU